ACUUCUGCUGAAGGAACUUGAGGUGUGUUUCUGCUUCUGCUACUUCAUUGCCUGGUUUCAGGAAGCAUUUUGUCUUCCAAAUCAUCACGCAUAUCGCCCGCCGUCUGCUAGGCUUGCUCUUGAACGAGCUGUGUGGAAAUUAAUCUGGCGGAAGGGGAAACUUGGGAAGUGAGGAAGGGGGGAAACCGAUACCUCUGUGCAUGACUGGAAAAUCUAACCAAGGCUCGAUUUACGUGUCCUUGGCACGGAUAUCACGGAUGUCUUAACUUUUGUCUGUGCGUUGGGAUCUAAAGGCGAAACGACGAGGAAGUGCACGGGGAAGAGAGGAGGCCUUUAAAUCCCUCGCAGCCUGACGCUAUCCAAUCACAGGGGUUUGGGACUGGGAAUUUUUUUGGGGAAAGAAAAUUCAAGCAAAGGGAUCAUAAUAAUCGAGUACAAAGUACUAUACAAGCCACUGAUUUCGAAGGAACUUCCUGGACCGACAUCGUAUCAGCACCUGAGCCUCAGCUCAGCUCAUCUCUGGAGUCGCCAACACGUGGUGCGAAAAUAGUCUCGGGCUCCUGCAAAAGUUAAUCAAUCGAAAUACAUCACCAGGAGCAGUUGAUUUGCUGGAUACUUCGGUCUAGAGACAUCCCGGAAAUAAAAAGGUGCGUCGCAGAGCCGAGACACGAGGUCUGAGUAACGACGACUGCGGACUCGUCUGUCCGCUGAAAUAAUCGCAGAGAAGCGCGAGCCGCCUGUUCCGCCAUUGUGGUCCGCGCCAUUUGUUCGGGUGCUGUACGCCACGCUCAGGCGCUGCACGCAGUAUGGCGGCCGACAAUAAUGAGGAUAACUGGGCGACAGGUGACUCUGACGAGGGCCGGGAGGGCGGGACGGAGAGCGGCAGGGCGGACGCGGGGGCUGUGACACAAACGGGGGGUGAGGAGGAAGCGGAGGCGGCGGAGGAGCAGCAGGGAUACGCGGAAGAAGGCGACGAAUAUGCAGAGGAAGCGGGGGAGGAAGAGGACAUGUACCAGGAAGGGGCUGAUGGAGAGGAGGAGGGGGAUGUGGAAGUGUGGGUAGCUGGGCAAGACGAAGAGGAGGCGCAAGGAGAAAUGGAGGAGGAGGCAGAGAUCGGAGGAGGAGGAGAGGGGCAGGUGGGAGGCGAGAUGGGAGGGGAGGACGGAGGGAUGGAGGCAGAAGGGGAGUGGGAGGAAGUGGCGGAGGAGGAGGCGGAGUAUCCUAGAUGGGCGAGUGAUGCGCUGCUGUCGUUUCUGGAGGAGCAAGGGGAGAGUGUGGUUGAGCCUCUGUACUGGUCUGCAGUGAAGAAGAUAGUGGCGGGGUACAUCCAGGCCAACGACCUCCAGAGGGGCAAGUGGAUCACAUGUGAUGAUGCGUUACAAGCUCUCUGCGAUACUGAUAGUACCACGCAGGCCCAGUUCUACUACACCCUUGCCACGCACUACCCCGUUAAGAGCUCUGUUAAAGUGCCCCGGAGGCUGCUAAAGCGGCAGGCAGAGGAGGAGGCAGCUAAGAUGCGAGGGGGAGACAAGGAGAAGGGGAAGGGGACACGUGGCGGUAAGGGGAAGAGGGCACGAGAGGGGGAGGAACAAGUGGAGGAUGAGGAGGAGGAGGAGGAGGAGGAGGGGAAGAGGGAGGAGAGGAGGAAGGAGGAGGAGGAUGGAUGGGACAAGGAUUGGAGUUCAAGGGAGGGAGUGACGCAAGAGCAGGAGAUGGCAGAAGAAGAUGCUGAUGGGCAAAUGAAGAAUGCUAAAAGGCAGCAGCGUCGGCAGCAGCAGGACGAGGAGGCAUACAUUCAAGAGUUUGACGCAAGGCCUAACCCAGAGCCGAGCCCGGGACGCAAGAGGAAGCGCGGCCGCCCUCCCAAGGCCUCCCGGGAGGAACCUCCCACCACAGCCCGAGCCCUUGAUACCGCUCCCACUGCUGCAGCACCUCACUACACCGAUCCGUUCGCCUCUGACCCUUUCUCCUCUCAUCCAGACGCCCCGGAAGUCACAGACCCCUUUGCCUCCCCCCACGCUCCCCCCCCUCCCCCUCCUCCGCCUGCUCCCCUGGGCCCGGAGUGCGGUUACGCGGCGGUAACCCUGGCGAAUCUGGGCGUGAUUUUCCUCAAGAGGAGUCAGCUGGAGGGGCUGCUGGCGGACGAGCAGUUCGACCAGAAGGUGGUGGGCACGUUCGUGCGGAUCAAGGUGCCCAGCCCCGCCAACCAGACAGAGGCCUGCUACCGACUCGUGAGGGUCACAGGCUGCACGAGCCAGACCGACAUGUACCCCGUGGGCAAGGGGCUAACCAACCGCGUGCUGCUCAUCAUGAACCUCAAGACGCCUGAGGCCACCACCAUCGACCUCGUCUCCAACUCCGAGUUCACCGAGGACGAGUGUGCGAAGCUGCGGCAGUACAUGAAGUGGGGGCUCGUGGAUCGACUCACCGUGGACGAGGUGGUUGCCAAGGAGAACGAGCUGCACGAGCUCAAAGUCAACGAUUGGUUGGAGUCGGAGCGAGUGAAGCUCACCAAUCUCAGGGACAGGGCGAGCGAGCGAGGAUCCAAGAAAGAAUAUCCUUCUGCAGCGAUGCGAUGCUACUCCUGCCCUUUCCUUUCUCUCUUAUCCCCUACCCUACCCCUCUUGCCUUUCGUUUGCUCCCCUACCCUGCCACUCUCCCUCCUCCUUCUUACCCUUCCUUCUCUCAACCACUCUUCAUUCUUGCCUCUCCCCUUGCGCUACUCUAUCCUUUUCUCAUGCCUUUUAAGGUUGCCAUUCCCUACUUUUGAACAACCAGAACAAGCCAGCCUUCCUGUCCUGUGUGCUCCUUAUGGUGUUGUGUACUUAAUUCUUAUAUCCUCUGCUCUCCCCUCUCCCUUAGUUCGCUCUUUCCUUCUCCACUCCGCUUUCCACCGGUGACCCUCCUGCACCCACCUCUCCCUUUCCCGCAUCCAAAGUUUCCCCCCGCGUUCUAAUUCCAAACUC